CCUGUGAAGCAACCACAGCCUGGGUGGAGCCGGCAGCUCGCAACUGAAACACCGUCAUUUGGCAACAAGAUAAUUGUGGCUCCUGAAGCUGCCAUCUACACUGGAGGGAUCACUUGGACUAAUUGAGCCUGGGACCUCUGAGUUUGUUGACACACGUUAGCCGUUGUAAGAGUCGAACUUGUGCCUGUGUCUGGGUGUGUGUGGGUGUGUGUAUCAGUUCUUGUUUCACUCACUACAUCAGUGGCAGUAUGAGGAACUCAAAUGUUGUUGCAGGUUUUACUGUCUCGCUGGUUGACGGCUCAUGUCAGAAGAACUGUGGAUUUCAGGUCACAUUUUGGACUGUGGACACCUGACGCUGGUCCCCGGUGGAGAGGUCCAGUGGAACAAUGGCAAAAUAUCACUGGCAGAGUCAGAAUGUGAAGCAGAGCGGAGUGGACGACAUGGUUCUGCUGUCCAAGAUCACAGAGGAUGCCAUUGUGGAGAACCUUAAGAAGCGAUACAUGGACGACUACAUAUUUACUUACAUAGGUCCUGUGUUAAUAUCGGUCAACCCCUUCAAACAGAUGCCAUAUUUUACAGACAGGGAGGUUGAACUUUACCAAGGAGCGGCCCAGUACGAGAACCCACCCCACAUUUACGCUCUGAGUGACAACAUGUACAGGAACAUGAUGAUCGAGGGAGAGAAUCAGUGUGUCAUCAUCAGUGGAGAAAGUGGAGCUGGGAAGACAGUUGCCGCCAAAUAUAUCAUGGGUUACAUUUCCAAAGUGUCUGGUGGAGGAUCAAAAGUUCAGCAUGUUAAAGACAUCAUUCUGCAAUCCAAUCCUCUUUUGGAGGCUUUUGGAAACGCCAAAACCGUUCGCAACAACAACUCCAGUCGCUUUGGAAAGUACUUUGAGAUUCAGUUCAGCAGAGGUGGCGAGCCAGACGGAGGCAAAAUAUCAAACUUCCUGCUGGAGAAGUCGAGGGUGGUGAGCCAGAAUGAGAACGAGAGGAACUUCCACAUUUACUAUCAGUUGUUAGAGGGCGCCAAUGAACAGCAGAGAGAGGGUCUGGGCAUCAUGACCCCAGACUACUACUACUAUCUCAACCAGUCCGGUACAUACAAGGUUGACGGGACCAAUGACAGCAAAGACUUCAAUGAAACUAUGGAAGCUAUGCACGUGAUAGGGAUCCCAGGGGACAUCCAGGCUCAGGUGCUGCAGAUCGUCGCAGGCAUCCUUCACCUGGGAAACAUCAGUUUUGUGGAGGCAGGAAACUAUGGGCAGGUGGAAAGCACUGACUUGUUGGCCUUCCCGGCUUACCUGCUCGGUAUUGAUCACAACCGUCUGCAGGAUAAACUGACAAGUCGAAAAAUGGACUCAAAAUGGGGCGGCAAGUCUGAGUCCAUUAACGUGACCCUAAAUCAGGAGCAGGCCACCUACACCCGAGACGCCCUGGCCAAGGCCCUGUACGCUCGACUGUUCGACUACCUGGUGGAGGCCAUCAAUAAAGCGAUCCAGAAGCCAUAUGAGGAGUUCAGUAUCGGGGUGCUGGACAUAUAUGGGUUUGAGAUAUUCCAGAAAAACGGCUUUGAGCAGUUCUGUAUCAACUUUGUCAACGAGAAGCUUCAACAGAUUUUUAUCGAGUUAACUUUGAAAGCGGAGCAGGAAGAGUAUGUUCACGAGGGAAUCAAGUGGUCUCCCAUCGAGUACUUUAAUAACAAGAUUGUGUGUGACCUUAUUGAAAACAAACUGAACCCUCCAGGUAUCAUGAGCGUGUUGGAUGAUGUGUGUGCCACCAUGCACGCCAAAGGAGAAGGAGCAGACGGGACCCUGCUUCAGAAACUGCAGGCUGCUGUCGGAACACAUGAACACUUUAACAACUGGAACUCUGGUUUUGUUAUCCAUCAUUACGCUGGCAAGGUGUCUUAUGACAUCAAUGGCUUCUGUGAGAGGAACAGAGACGUGCUUUUUCCAGACCUCAUCGAGCUCAUGCAAAGCAGCGAAUAUGACUUCAUCCGGAGUUUGUUCCCUGAAAACCUCAACACAGAUAAGAAGAGCAGACCCACCACCGCAGGCUCCAAGAUCAAGAAACAAGCCAAUGAUCUGGUCAAUACACUGAUGAAGUGCACCCCUCACUACAUCCGCUGUAUCAAACCCAAUGAGACUAAAAGACCCAAAGACUGGGAGGAGAGCAGAGUCAAGCAUCAGGUUGAGUACUUGGGUCUGCGUGAGAACAUUCGAGUGCGACGAGCUGGGUUUGCCUACAGACGUGUGUUCAACAAAUUCCUGCUGCGUUAUGCCAUUCUGACUGCUGAGACCUGGCCACACUGGAGGGGACAGGAGCAGCAGGGGGUCCUUCAUCUUCUCCGCUCCGUCAACAUGGACACCGACCAGUACCAGUUGGGCCGCAGCAAAGUCUUUGUCAAAAAUCCUGAAUCGUUGUUUCUCCUGGAGGAGGUGAGGGAGAGGAAGUUUGACACGUUUGCCAGGAUCAUCCAGAAGUCCUGGAGGAGGUAUAUAGCCAAGAAGAAGUAUGAACAAAUGAGAGAAGAGGCUUCAGACAUCCUAUACAACUCCAAAGAGCGCCGGAAAAACAGUAUCAACAGAAACUUUGUCGGGGACUACCUUGGACUGGAGCAGAGGCCAGAGCUGAGACAGUUCUUGUCCAAGAGAGAGCGGGUGGAUUUUGCAGACUCUGUCAACAAGUUUGAUCGCAGAUUCAAGUCCAUCAAGAGAGACCUGAUCCUGACACCCAAGGGCAUCUAUCUAAUUGGUCGGGAAAAGGUAAAAAAAGGGCCUGAGAAAGGACAGAUAAAGGAGGUGCUGAAGCGGAAGUUGGAGUUUGAGAGUAUCAGCAGCAUCUCUCUCAGCACAAAGCAAGAUGACUUUUUCAUUCUGCACGAGUCCCAGUAUGACAGCCUGCUUGAGUCCAACUUCAAGACAGAGUUCGUCAGCCUGCUGGCGAAACGCUACGAGGAAGUGACCCGUAGAAAGCUGACCAUAUCCUUCGCUGACCGACUCGAAUUCCGAGUAAAGAAGGAAGGCUGGGGAGGAGGUGGCACCAGGCUGCUGGUGAUCCAGAGCGGGCACGGGGACCAGGCCCAGAUCAAACCCUCAGGGAAGACCCUCAUGGUCACGAUAGGUGGCGGCCUGCCUAAGUCCUCCAAACCCUCGAGGAAAAACGCCCCACAGUCACAGGGAAGAACUCACAUUAGUCAGAGAGGGCACCUGAAUGGGGCUGCUAAAUUUUCAAGAGGGCCCCAGCAAUACCACACUCAGUACUCCUCCACCCAACAACCAGCACGGCUACCCAUCACAGGUCCGCCGAAGCUGGGCUCCCAGAAAACCUCCAGAACCCCUGCCCACCAACCACCUCACCAUGGAAACAUGGACUUUCUCAAUGUGCCUGACCAAGGCAUGUCAGGAAAGCAAAGGAGGAGAAGUAUUAAUCAGCGCCCCCUGCCUGCUCCCAAAUCCAAACCGCCCCCACCAGGGCCUCGUUGUCGGGCAUUGUAUCAGUACAUCGGCCAGGACACUGACGAGAUCAGUUUUGAAGUCAACGACGUGCUUGAUCUUCUCAAAGAAGAUCCCUCAGGCUGGUGGACAGGCAGGAUUCAUGGAAGAGAGGGUCUGUUUCCUGGUAACUACGUGGAGAAGAUUUAGCUCGAUCAAACAUGAAGAUAAAACUGUAUGAAGAACAUGGUAUGAGUUGCACAAACAAACUUUCAUGUACCGUUGCUCGGUGAACCUCGACCUCUAAUGGAAACACGCUGCUGACGUUUGAGCACAGAGUAACUUUUCUACCUGUAGAACAUGAAGAGCUUCACCAUUAUGCUCAUGACAGUUAAAACACAGAUCCGUGUUUCAGACCUGUUCAGGUUUCACUUCUGUUGCUGUCCAAGACUCUCGAAAUGACCUGGCAACAAGAUCUUUCUCUGUGUCAUGAGGGCCUAGAUAAUGAAUAUACAAGUAGCUGUUUUUCUAUUUCACCUUUCCGUUUGAUCAGUGCUUUUUAUUCGAAAAUUGAACCGAUCAUAUCUGAACUGAUAUUUGAGUUGUACCUCACAGGGUUGUGUUCUUCUCAGUGAACAAAAUAAACCCUUUUUUAUUUUUGGUUAUUGAGUGUUUCCUGUCAACAGUCACCCGUUUGACUUUCACACACCAAAUGUAUUUCUCUAGAUAAAAUAAAUGACUGAUACUGACAUUAAAAUGAG